CUCGGGUUACACAGCUGCACGCUGUCUCACUGUGCGGGUCGGGCUAUGUGCUGUCGGAGUUAGCUAGCUAACUUGGUCUGUAUCUUCAACGAGCAAAAAAAUUUAUUCAGUUUAGGAUUUAUUUUAUAAUUGGGAGUGCAUUACACUUUUUAUUGCUUGUUAACUUGGAUUAACUUACGGUUAACAAUAACCUAGCGACAAAAGUUUCUUUUUGCAGAAGGUUAUAAAAGUUUGUGCAAUUUUGAGAAAAAGAAAACAAGCAAAACUAAAGAGCUGUGUGUUUGAGCAUUGAGGCAGCUGACACGAACAGAGCCGGUCACAGCAGCUGAAAUGAGUGUGAGCGUUAAAGAAGAGACACGUAGUGUGUCUCCCCUUUGUCCCAAACACAAUGAAUGUGAGGAGCCAGAGGGAGCUGCAAUGGAGGUUUCUUCUGCAGUACCAGGUCAACUUGAGGAGGUGGUUAUAACCAAGGAAAUGGCAGAGAUGGAAAGGAAUUUAAAGGAAGAAGGAGAAAGAAAGGAGAGAGAGACGAUGGAAAAGGUGAGACAGUCAUGGGAGAAAGACACUCAAGAAAUGCGUUUUAAGAGGCUGCAGCACCUUCUGGAGAAAAGCAACAUAUACUCCAAAUUUCUGCUUACUAAAAUGGAGCAGCAGCAGCAAGAGGAAAAACUAAAGAAGGAGAGACUGGAAAAGAAAGCAACAGCGCAGAAGCAGAAGGGCAAUGGCAAGAAGACAGAAAAAGUUGAGAGGAAGAAGAGAGAAAGGGAGGAAGAUUAUAAAAUUGCUGAUGUUAUAUCCAAAGAGGAAAUUUUGUCAAAAGCCAAAAAACAGAAAGUGGACGAGGAGGCUCAAAGCAAGAAGAAACUUGAGGCGGAGGAUAUAGAAAAACUAAGUGACUCUAAUUCAGAUAUAAAAGGGCGAAUGUCUGAGGUUGUGCGGGAAAAUGCCAAGGAAAUGCUGGACCCAGAAAGGAAAGUGAACGGGCAGCCUGUGCCUUUGCAGCAACCCAAACUCUUCACUGGUGGUGUGAUGAGGUGGUACCAGGUGGAGGGCAUUGAAUGGCUGAGGAUGCUGUGGGAAAAUGGAAUAAAUGGUAUCCUGGCUGAUGAGAUGGGACUGGGAAAGACCAUACAGUGCAUUGCUCAUAUUGCAAUGAUGAUUGAGAAGAAAGUCCUGGGACCAUUCUUGGUUGUAGCUCCUCUGUCCACUCUGCCCAACUGGAUUAGUGAGUUCAGGCGCUUCACUCCAGAGGUGUCUAUAAUGCUCUACCAUGGCUCACAGAAAGAGAGAAUGGACCUCGUCAAGACAAUCCGCAAGCCUCAGGGUUCCCUGCAUAUGUGCCCUGUUGUUGUGACUUCAUUUGAAAUUGCCAUGAUUGACAGGAAGUAUCUUCAGCGUUUCCACUGGAAAUACCUGAUUGUGGAUGAGGGUCACAGGAUAAAGAACUUGAACUGUCGUUUAGUGCAAGAGCUGAAAAUGCUUCCAACUGACAACAAACUGCUGCUGACAGGAACUCCUUUGCAGAAUAAUCUUUCUGAGCUGUGGUCUCUGCUUAACUUCCUUCUCCCUGACGUCUUUGAUGACUUAAAGAGUUUUGAGUCAUGGUUUGACAUCAGCACCAUCACCUCAGAUGUUGAGACACUUGUAGUUAAUGAACGAGAACAAAACAUACUGAAUAUGCUUCACCAGAUUCUCACACCCUUUCUACUGAGACGACUGAAGUCAGAUGUGACUUUGGAGGUUCCGCCAAAGAAAGAGAUUGUGGUAUAUGCUCCAAUGACAGCCAAGCAGGAUGUCUUUUACAGGGCUAUUGUUGACAAAACCAUUGCAAAGGUGCUGGGUCAGGAAAAAGGGGAGACUGCACCAGUACAGCGGUCGUCCACUGGGCGCCCUAAACGCAAGUCUCGGAAGGUGGUGGACUAUUCUGAAACUAAUAACUCUCCAUAUGACCUAGAAAAAUACAUCGAAAAAGUUCAGAAGGAGAUGGAAAGUCAGCUGGAUUUUGCUCCUCUGGUAGAUGUUCAGAUGCCUGCUGAUGCCCAGGUCAACCUGAAGCUACAGAACAUAUUGAUGCUCUUGAAGCGAUGCUGCAAUCAUCCUUAUCUGAUCGAAUAUCCUCUUGUCCCUGGAACUCAAGAGUUUAAAAUUGAUGAACAGCUGGUGGAGACAUCAGGGAAGUUCUUAAUUCUUGACCGAAUGCUCCCCGAACUGAAAAAAAGAGGACAUAAGAUCCUAAUUUUCAGCCAGAUGACCUCUAUAUUGGACAUCCUGAUGGACUACUGCUACCUCCGGGGAUACAAGCACAGCCGACUAGACGGGACCAUGAGAUAUGCUGACCGAGAAGAGAAUAUGAAGAAGUUCUCCACAGAUCCUGAGGUCUUCCUCUUCCUCCUGAGCACACGAGCUGGUGGCCUUGGGAUCAAUCUUACAGCUGCAGAUACAGUCAUCAUAUUUGACAGUGACUGGAACCCUCAGGCGGACUUGCAGGCUCAGGAUCGGUGUCACCGUAUUGGACAAACCAAGCCUGUGGUGGUGUACCGUCUCAUCACUCUAAACACUAUUGAUGAGAAGAUCCUGGAAAGGGCAUCUGCUAAGAGGAAACUAGAGAAGAUGGUGAUUCAUAAAAAGAAGUUUAAAGGGGGAAAAGCUGAUCUAAAGCAGUCCAGAAGCUGUGUGGAUAUGAAUGAACUGAUCGACCUUCUGAAGUCCAGUGAUUAUGACAGGGCAGUGAAGAGCACUAAAGGCAAGGUAAUCAGUGACAAAGAUCUGGAGAUUUUGCUUGACCGCAGUGACCUGUUGGAUCGAGCCAAAAAGAGUGUUCGACAAGAGAAGGAUGGAGUGUUCAGGGUGGUUGAGACUAAAGAAGAGAACACAGAGAUUUGUCUGUCCUAAAUAUCCGAUGAGCAACAAAGUGCACGUGCGACCAAGUAGAUGGCACAAGUCAAGCAAUCUGUGGUCUCAAUCUGCUGUUUAUACAAACUGUAUAGUACUUUGCUACAGUUAUUACUGCUUUUUAAUCUUUUCUGUUUUUACAUUGCUGCUUUAACAUGCUGUCAUAUAUAAUAGCGAUUUCAAACAAUUGCCUGCAAUCUCAGACUGGUGGUUUUGCCCAGAUUUAGAUUAAACACUGCUACCAUGAUACUCAUCUCCACAGAAUGCAGUGUAAUUUGCUAAGAUUUUGGAAAAUUUCAGUGGAAAUUUGUACUUAAUGCACCUUAAAUCCUUCUGGGUUGUUGCCAUUCUCUAUUGUAAAGCCAGUUCUUGUGAAAUAUUGUCAUCUACCCAUCUGUGUAUUUCAGUAUUUCCAUAGAAGUGUUGUUAAUUCAAAAGCACUUUGAACAUGUUUCAAGUACUGCUUAACAUGGACCAUGAUGUUUUGUGUUGAUUUAUUUUUUCAUGUCUACAAAAUAUAAUAAAUAUAGUUUUGUACAGCAAA